AGAAGCAGAAUGAUGCGUUGUAGAAGGAGAAGGAAGAGAUGAAGAAGGACCUGGAUGAGGUGGUGCCAGCAGUUACGAGUUUACAAGACGAGAGGGAUUCGCUGAAGACAAUUCUUUCAUUUGAAGAGUGAAAGAGGAAAAUAUGCGAAGAGAAGAUCGAAGCUUAGGAGAAGGAAAUAAAGAAAAUGAAAGAAUCUCAAGUCGAACUCAAGAAGAAUGUAAAGCUGCUGGUACAUAAUGCAAUGGAGGAGCACAUUGUAGAGUUUCUCAACUCCAGUACUUUUGACAACAUUGUCAAUCUGUAUCGUCUACCGACUGCAAUCUUAGCAUUCACGGACUGCAAGAAGAAGGUGAAAGCUCAAUAUCCUGAAGUGGAUAUUAAGCUAGGGCAAGAUCGUGACAAAGAGGGUCGCACCAUUUUCCCUCCAAACUUCGACUUUGAGUUCGUCAUAAUGGAGGAAGGGAAUGCAGAGGCAAAAGAUGUAGAGGUGGAGGAGAGCCAAGCACCUCAUCCAGUGGAGAUCCAUCCAGUUCCUUCGGAGGAAGACCGACCAGCUCCCCCAACAGAAGAUCAACCACCUCCUCUAGCAGAGUAGCGAGGCUUUAUUUCUUUGGUUUUUAUUUGAUUGUAAAGUUUGAACAAUUUGUUUGUUUUAAUUCGAACAGUUAUGUAAUGACUUCAUCUGUUAAUUUAAUUGAGUGCGGAGGAUUUAUUUUAACUAUUUGUUGUGUUGGUAUUAAGUAAAAGCUGAAAUGAGUG